AUGCCAGUUCCAUAUUGGGUUACAGCUGUGUCAGAUGGCCACCUCAACAACUCGUGCAAAAUCACCUGCACGCUGUUCACCAAUAUUCCCCUCACCCCUCCGCAGCAGACAACAAAUACCUACACAAGCCAAAAGCAUCAAACAAGCUCACCACCAUUGUAUGGCAGUUAUCUAACAUACUUCUCAAUGACAAAUGGUCGGAAAGGGUCUUUCUUGUCAACUAGUCAAAAUUUGGUCCGCGGCGGGUUCCAGCCGCGCCUUCCGACUUCGCUGCCGCCCCCAGGGCAGCAGCAGCAGCCGUCGCCGCUACCACGCCGACAGCCCGUCCCGUUGAUGCCCCCCGCGCAGCUUCAUCCGGGAGCGCCCCAGGUGGUCGCUCCGGCGCCUGCGGGCCCUCUUCAGUCGCCACCGCCUUCGGAGCUGAUGGACGUCGACCACUCAGCCGGGCCGCCUUCCCAAACAGUGGCUGUGCAGCCUGUCCUGCAGCCGCUUUCCUUGGGCACCCCCAAGGAGUCUGACACCGCAGCGCCUUGUCCGGCGCCCACUCAGCAGCCGUCGACGCAGCGUCAGGAGACGCUGCCUCUCUUCGUGGGACCCGACGCCCCGUCGCGUCCAGUACCAGAAGCUGCGCCCGUGGUCACAGUAAAAUCCACAGAUUGUGUUCUUGUUAUAAACAAUACUGAAACUGAAAGUGCUCCUGCUCAGGCUGCAGCAUGCGAAGGCCAGCUCACAGAAACUUCUAAUGAAUCUCUCGAUGAACAUCAGACAGAACAAAAUGAAAAUCCAAUACCAUGA